AUGGUUAAUACGGACGCUAUGGAAAUCGAAGAUCCCACUCCGGCUGAAGCUUCCAAGAAGAAGAAUCAAGCUGACGGCAAAGGCAAGGGCAAGGGUAAUAAGUGGCAGAGACAGCAGGCAAAAGCAAAGCAAGUGAAGAAAGAACCAGUCUUUUCAGGGUAUAGCAGUAGAGUCAUUGAACUUUCUAAUUCUCCUGGAGAUAUCUGUAUCGCUGUCAAGAUCGCUGACAAGGUACUGGACGCAGGCUUGAUUGUAGGCACGGAAAUCAAAGUCUGUCUUACCAUGACUAGAAAUACUAUUCCUCAAAUCCGACAAAUGAAAGCAAUUGCUAGUAUUUGCAAAAAGCCUGCUGUUCAUAAUGUUAAACAUGCAAUGUUGCAAAACUUACUUCUCGGCGACGACAUCUACACGGGCAAAGAUGCGCCUGCACGGACGGUCCAAGAAGACCACUUUUCGAGGAUGGAAGAUGUGGAAAAGCGGGCUUUCAAUGACUUCCGUGAUGCUUGCAACUUCAACGGACUUUAA